AUGGCCAGCCGCAAGAAGGUUCUCCUCAAGGUCAUCAUCCUUGGCGACUCUGGCGUUGGCAAGACCUCGCUCAUGAACCAAUAUGUCAACAAGCGGUUCUCGUCGGCCUACAAGGCCACCAUCGGCGCCGACUUCCUGACAAGAGAAGUCAUGGUCGACGACCGACUCGUCACCAUGCAGCUCUGGGACACGGCUGGACAGGAGCGCUUCCAGUCGCUCGGCGUCGCCUUCUACCGCGGUGCCGACUGCUGCUGCCUGUGCUACGACGUCAACAACGCCAAGUCAUUUGAGACGCUCGACUCGUGGCGCGACGAGUUCCUGAUCCAGGCGGCGCCGCACGACCCCGAAAACUUCCCCUUUGUCGUGCUCGGCAACAAGAUUGACGUCGAGGAGGGCAAGCGGAUGGUGUCGCAGAAGCGCGCAAUGACGUGGUGCCAGUCCAAGGGCAACAUCCCCUACUUUGAGACGUCGGCAAAGGAGGCCAUCAACGUCGAGCAGGCCUUCCAGACGAUUGCGCGCGCCGCCCUCCAGCAAGAGGCCGAGGCUGAGCUCUACGCCGACUACCCGGACCCCAUCCGCAUCGACAGCGAUAACCAGCAGAGCGGAUGCAACUGCUAG